CCAGAAGAGGUAGCCUGCGCUGCUCUGCUCUGCAAGCCCAUUUUCACUCACAAAAGCUACUGGAGAAGACAAUCGCCUGCCUGAGUGCAGUGGAGUGUCAUCAUGGAUGCUUAAGAGAAAGAGAGAGAGAGUGGAGGUGUGCACUCUUGCAGGUAAACCGGUCCCUGAACUACCACUUUUUUUUUUGCUGCCACUUUUAUUUUUGUUUUGUUUUUCCAAUUGUUUUUUUUAAUGUUGCCCACCGAGAUAUCAGCUGUGUGUUUCACCUCAAGGUUGAGCGACCAUACUGAGGCAAGAAGAGAAGGCAUGAAAACGGAGGAGAGCCAACAAUCGUGUCUGCAGCAGCCUCCAUCUUCCACACCUUUUGUCGGUCCCGAGUACUCGGGUGGAGGUGCUGGUGGCGGCGGAGGAGGUGGAGGAGGAGGAGAGGUGUGCGCAGGUUGCGAGUCUCCCAUCGCUGACCGCUUCCUGCUGCGCGUAAAUGAGCGCUCCUGGCACGAGACGUGCGUCAAAUGCACGGUGUGCAUGAGUGCCCUCACUGGGACUUGCUACUGCAGGGACCGACUGCUUUACUGCAAGCCUGACUAUGAAAAGCUAUUUGUGAGGAAGUGCAGCGCCUGCCUGCAAGUGAUCGGCCGCUCUGAGUUGAUCAUGCGGGUCCUGGGCCAGGUGUACCACCUGGGUUGCUUCAGCUGCUGCGAGUGCGAACGAAGGCUGCAGAGAGGCGACGAGUUUGUGCUGAAGGAAGGCCAGCUGCUGUGUCGCAUGGACUACGAGAAGGAGAGGGAAAUGCUCGCCGCCAUUAGUCCCGCUCCCACGGAAUCAGUGAAAAGCGAGGAUGAGGACGGCGGUGGCGGCUCAGGCGGGGGUAAAGGUGGCGAUGAAGGGAAGGAGCACAAGCGCUCAAAGCGGCCACGCACCAUCUUGACCACGCAACAACGGCGCGCUUUCAAGGCAUCUUUCGAAGUGUCGGCCAAGCCUUGUCGUAAGGUGAGAGAGACGUUGGCGGCCGAGACCGGGCUCACAGUGCGGGUUGUGCAAGUGUGGUUUCAAAACCAGAGGGCCAAGAUGAAAAAGAUUGCUCGCAGACAGCAGCAACAGCAACAACAGCAGCAGGAGCAGGAACAGCUAGGAGGAACCAGAAGGGGGGCCGGCCGAGGGGGUCGUCAGAGCAACGAUGAUAAUGGCUCCAGCAGCCACGGCAUGGAUGGCAUGCUGGGAUAUCCUUCUCUGCCCAGACAGCAGCUACUCACCCUGGACCCCAACAUCUACGGAGGGGAGCCUUUCAGACAUGGGCUUACUCCACCUCAGAUGAACAACGACGGGCUCCAUCCGUAUGACUCAGAGACGGUUUUCCACGACCUGGACAGCGAGGGAAGCCUGGGUCACCUCGGCGACUGCCUCCUAGCGACGGGGGAGGGUGGCCUCCUGGCGGGCCGAGUGGGAAACCCCAUCGACCGUCUCUACUCCAUGCAAAACUCCUACUUCACCUCGUGACCCUUACAAACUCUCACCCGUCCUCCCCUUCUCCACCUCAGAGAUGCAGCUAAUGGGAGUGUGUCCAUCAACAUGCCUGACAGAAAAGAACAAUCACUCACCAAAAACACUUGGCCAACCAAAGUCAAUCAAAGACGAGAUUAGUUGCCAUCAUUUCCUCCUUGUUGAGAAUCACUUCCUGGUACGAGAGACACUGGAACUCUUUUGUUUUGUGGCAUUUAUGUUUAAGAAAACACUGCACUUUUAAAACCCUAAAGACACUUGCCAAACACUGACAACACUAGUAAUGUACAACACGGGUGUCAAGGUUACUCAACUGGCGGCCUGGGGCCAAAUCCGGACCAUUUAAUUCAAAUCUUGGGGAGCAACUAACAUUUUUGCAGCCGAUUCCUAAAAACACCAAAGCGCUCUCACAUAGAGUUUUUAGGCAGUCGGUCCUUAAAAAUAGUAGAGCACUUUUGUCAUAGAAAGGAUCUUUGACCAACAUUUUUGGCAGUAGAUUCUUAAAAACAGAAGAGCUCUUCUGUCAUUUGGUGGCUCCGGGACUAAUGUUUGUGCAGUUGAUUUUUCAAGCAGCAGAGCACUUCUGACAUUUAAAGGAACUUGUUGGUCCUCAAAAAUAGCAGCGCAGUUGUGUCAUAGAGAGGAUCUUUGACUGUUUUUUAGUAGAAGGUCCUAAAAAACACCAGAGCUCGCCUCAUUUCAAGUACCUUGGACUAGUGUUUUUGUACUAGGUACUUAAAAAUAGCAGCGCUCACCUGACAUUUAAAGGAUCUUGGACUAGCAUUUUUGCUGUAGGUCCUAAAAAACACCAGAGCACUCCUGUCAUUUAAAGUACCUUGGGCUAGUGUUUUUGAAGUAGGUACUUCAAACCUGCAGAGUACUCCUGUCAUUUAGAUGAUCCUUGACUAGCAUAUUUGGUAUUAUGUUCUUAAAAACAGUCAGAGUGCUCAUGUCAUUUAAAGAACCUUGGACUUGCGUUUUUGAAGUAGGUACUUAAAGCUCCUGUCAUUUAGAAGAUCUUUGACGAGUAGGUACUAUGUUCUUACAGUAAACACAGCAGAGUGCUUAUGUUAUUGUGUUAUUGUGUUAUUAUGUUAUUUAAAGGAUCUUGGACUAAGUGCACUACAGGUACGUAUGUCUUUAAAAAUUACUCAAUUUAAAGGAUCUUGGACUAGUAUUGUUGCAGUAGGUUCUUAAAAACAGAAGUGCUCCCAUCAUGUAAAGGAUCUUGGACAUGUGUUUUUGGACCAGAUACUUAAAAACAGCAGAGCUCAUCUGUCAUUUAAAGGAUCUUCGACUAGUAUUGUUGCAGUAUAGGUUCUUAAAAACAGAAGUGCUCCCAUCAUUUAAAGGAUCUUGGACAUGUGUUAUUGUACUAGAUACUUAAAAACAACAGAGCUCAUCUGUCAUUUAAAUGAUCUUGGACUAGUAUUGUUGCAGUAGGUUCUUAAAAAGAGAAGUGCAUCCAUCAUUUAAAGGAUCUUGGACUUGUGUUUUUGGACCAGAUACUUAAAAACAGUAGAGCUCAUCUGUCAUUUAAAGGAUCUUGGACUAGUGUUGUUGCAGUAGGAUCUUAAAAACAGAAGUGCUCCCAUCAUUUAAAGGAUCUUGGACUUGUGUUAUUGUACUCGAUACUUAAAAACAGCAGAGUUCAUCUGUCAUUUAAAGGAUCUUGGACUAGUGUUGUUGAAGUAGGUUCUUAAAAACAGAAGUGCUUCCAUCAUUUAAAGGAUCUUGGACUUGUGUUUUUGGACCAGAUACUUAAAAACAGCAGAGCUCAUCUGUCAUUUAAAGGAUCUUGGACUAGUGUUGUUGCAGUAGGUUCUUAAAAACAGAAGUGCUCCCAUCAUUUAAUGGAUCUUGGACUUGUGUUAUUGUACUAGAUACUUAAAAACAGCAGAGUUAAUCUGUCAUUUAAAGGAUCUUGGACUAGUAUUGUUGAAGUAGGUUCUUAAAAACAGAAGUGCUUCCAUCAUUUAAAGGAUCUUGGACUUGUGUUUUUGGACCAGAUACUUAAAAACAGCAGAGCUCAUCUGUCAUUUAGAGAAUCUUGGACGAGUGUUGUUGCAGUAGGUUCUUAAAAACAGAAGUGCUCCCAUCAUGUAAAGGAUCUUGGACUUGUGUUUUUGGACCAGAUACUUAAAAACAACAGAGCUCAUCUGUCAUUUAAAGGAUCUUGGACUAGUGUUGUUGCAGUAGGUUCUUAAAAACAGAAGUGCUCCCAUCAUUUAAAGGAUCUUGGACUUGUGUUUUUGGACCAGAUACUUAACAACAGCAGAGCUCAUCUGUCAUUUAAAGGAUCUUGGACUAGUAUUGUUGCAGUAGGUUCUUAAAAACAGAAGUGCUCCCAUCAUGUAAAGGAUCUUGGACUUGUGUUUUUGGACUAGAUACUUAAAACAACAGAGCUCAUCUGUCAUUUAAAGGAUCUUGGACUAGUAUUGUUGCAGUAGGUUCUUAAAAACAGAAGUGCAUCCAUCAUUUAAAGGAUCUUGGACUUGUGUUUUUGGACCAGAUACUUAAAAACAGCAGAGCUCAUCUGUCAUUUAAAGGAUCUUGGACUAGUGUUGCUGAAGUAGGUUCUUAAAAACAGAAGUGCUUCCAUCAUUUAAAGGAUCUUCGACUUGUGUUUUUGGACCAGUUACUUAAAAACAGCAGAGCUCAUCUGUCAUUUAAAGGAUCUUGGACUAGUAUUGUUGCAGUAGGUUCUUAAAAACAGAAGUGCUCCCAUCAUGUAAAGGAUCUUGGACUUGUGUUUUUGGACUAGAUACUUAAAACAACAGAGCUCAUCUGUCAUUUAAAGGAUCUUGGACUAGUAUUGUUGCAGUAGGUUCUUAAAAACAGAAGUGCUCCCAUCAUUUAAAGGAUCUUGGACUUGUUUUUGGACCAGUUACUUAAAAACAGCAGAGCUCAUCUGUCAUUUAAAGGAUCUUGGACUAGUAUUGUUGAAGUAGGUUCUUAAAAACAGAAGUGCUUCCAUCAUUUAAAGGAUCUUGGACUUGUGUUUUUGGACCAGAUACUUAAAAACAGCAGAGCUCAUCUGUCAUUUAAAGGAUCUUGGACUAGUAUUGUUGCAGUAGGUUCUUAAAAACAGAAACGCUCCCAUCAUUUAAAGGAUCUUGGCCUCACUCUUUUGCAGUAAGUUCUUAAUUACAGCAGAGCGCUCUUGUUAUCUCGAAGGCUCUUGGACUAGCGUUUUUGUGGUAGGUUCUAGAGCACACCUGUGAUAUAGGGGAUCUUGUCCUUAAUUUACAGAGUAAUUAAAACAGUAAUUAGUGAUGCGGCCGAUGAGAUACUUUCUAAUGAUCGUGAGUACAGUUUUGCUCUCAGGUUAGUGUGUGUAUGUUUGUAUUACCUGAGUCCUAACUCAGGAUAUGACACUGGAUAGGAUGAAGGUGUAACGAUUAUUUGUAUAUGUGAACAACCUUCUAUUUGAAAGACUUAUUUCUUCAUUUUAAUGGCAUGACUGGCUUAUUCCAGACCAAACUAAUCAAGUCAUCAUCACUACUACAGGGUCACUUCUAUGGAGCCUUAUACGGCGACAGGGUUAUUUUAUCACUGAAAAAAAGCUGAUAAGUAAAAAAAAAUUAAUAAAAAGAAACACCCACAAGCAAAAUGGAAAUGUCUUCUAACUGUAGUCUCUUUCCACACUCAUUUCUUUCUCUGACAGCUCCAGUUAGACGGUGUUAGGUAGAUAUUUUGUACUUUCCUCUGUGAUAAACAACACAUAUUUAAACUGCAGCAUGGUAUUUGUCACACAAAUAGUCUCCAGACACAUUAUAAAGACAGCAGAAAACAGCGGGAUUAAAAAUAAUCAGACUACAGGCGAUGCUUGUGUUCAAUUCCGACGCUAGCCUCCUCUGCAUUUCUCCAGUGCUAUUUUGUGAAUGUAACUUAUUUGUGCGGUGUUAGCUCAGUUUCUUCUGUUCAGUGGCUACCGGGUGACGUGUUUUGAAUGUAUUAUGUUACUGUAUAUUCAAUACAGUCUGCAAUUUCAUCCCAGUUUCUGCUUGCCUUCUUUGUGUUUUAGUAUUCGGCAGGGGACGACCCAAUUGUGCCCUUGAGGCCAUUUUUUCGGUCGACGGCGUGUUUUUUUU